GCAAAUGUGAAAGAAAAAAAUAAUUAUUGACAAAUAUUUUAUGUUUUUUUAAACUCAAAGAAGAAAUGAAAUUUUCGUGCGCGAUUUUCUUCUUUGCGUUCACGAUUGCCCUGCAACUUCAACGCUUACACGCCUCACCAAGCGACGAACUCUUUGAUUUCAAACGAACACUGGACGAAGCGUCGAAUGCGCUGCGGAACGUGGAAGAAUCGCCGGCGCUGCGCGGCAACGCCGAAAGUCAGCGACAACGACGCAAAUCGAUCGAUGAACUGCUCCAGAACUCGAAGGUAGAUUUGCGAUUGAAUAUGCAGCGGGAGGCACUCAAUUCAGACCAUGGCUUGUUGCAAUCGCUAGAUGUGCGUCCUGCAAGGAAUGACUACAAAAACAAUAAAAACGAAAUGUCUAAGAAAUUCAACGUCAAUGACCAACUGAAUGAUUUGGUGCGUGCGAAUUCCAAUUUUCAAAAUAUUCACCGUAAAUUGUUGAACACUUUCCACAACAGUCAAACGAAACUCAGAAUGGAUGAUGCGUUGCAAAGAGAACGCAGCUCUGAGAGCAAGGGCAGUAAGGCGAAUUCGGGUUCGAGUGAUAGUGGCUCAAGCAAGGAAGACAAGGAGAAGCAUACCAACAAAGAUAAGGAACCAAACCACAGCUACAACAACGCUAAUAAAAACAGCCAAAGUAAUAAAGAUUAUAAAACGGGAGGUGGCGGGGCCAUAUCAAAAGACGACACUUACAACUCGAAUUAUAAUUACAAUGAAAAUAAGGAUGGCAACAACAAUUGGAAAUCGAGUUUGAGCUCAAAAGAUGAUUUCAACGUGGAUUUCGAUUUCGGCAAAUCGGACUCACUGAGCCCUCCGCGACCGCAAUCAUUUUCUAAAUUUGACGCCAUCGAUAAUUUUAACUCAAACACAAACUUCGAAGGCGGCAAAAGCGGUCAUAAGAACUCUGCGUCUGGCUCGACUAUAUUCAGCAAAGCGUUCAUCAGCUGCAAGCCGAUUUCCAAGAGCGCCGAUAAUUCGCUGGGUGAAAAAACUUACCUCGAAUUUACUUCAAAUCUUCACAGUCCCUCACCGAACAAAGUACAACCAGGUAAAGGCAAUUUGAAUACGCUCUUACUUCUCGAGGCAAAUAGGAAUUUACAUCCCAAAAGUAUGGAUAAUCUAGAGGAGCUGAAUGAGAAGAAAGUUGAUCCGAAAAUGCGUAAAAUGAUGGAGAAGGUCGACUUUCCGCAUUUAAAGUUAGACUUUGACUCUCAAAUGGAGGAUUUUUCCAGGUCAAAGUCCAGGUCCGAGUACGAGGAUGACGAUGAGCCCAUCAGUUAUGAGAAAACUAUUGAGAAUAUACAUUUCCCUAGCAUUGUGAAUGAUCAAUUCGAUUUGGGUCGCAAUGAUCUCUCUCACGAGGCGGACUAUAAACUUUCCAAAAUCGAGCAAGAGCAGUCGGAACCUCGAAGAAGUCGCCCACUAGUAAGUGAGAGUGGCCACGAAUUGUUGAGUAUGGGCAAUAAAUUAAAUAUUCCUUGGAAGCGGAGCGCGGGCUUCAAUGCCAUGGAUGAGAUUAAACUAAAGACUAGCACACGUCUUAUGGCAAAGGGCUUGGGUCCCUCGUUGCCCAGCUAUGCACUCUCCGAGACACAACAUGAACUACAAUUGGACGAAGCGGUAAAGAAGUUGGAGCAAAACAUCGCUGUCCCAAGGCAAAGUGAAAUAGGUGAACUGAUUGACUCCAAUGAGUACAACCGCCCAAAGCUUCGCAUAUCCGAAGAGCAACGGGAUUGGCAGGAACGUCUAAAUCGUAUGGAAGCAGCAGAAGAGCGUACAUACGAAAAAUUACUCUACGAGAGUGAGGUAGAAACUCCAUCUGCCGAAAAUGAUCCGAAAGGUAAGACCGAUGAUGACGUAAUAAUUAAACCAACCUACAGCAUAUUGCGACGAAGGCGCAAAAGUGAACCAUCGAAUGAAAAUGGCGAAAGUAAGCUCUCAGCAUCGGCGUGCCCAAAGCGUGUGAGUAAAGACCAACAUGAAAAUAUUGAAGAAGUUUUGCGUCAUGUUAGCGAAAUUUCGCCAGAAGACAUACUUGUGAUGCAGAUACCAGAUCUUUUUCCGGUGGACCAUGAUGAACCCGCAACAGCCAACGAAGUCCCAGCUCCGGAAGUCCCCGCUGCGGAUGAGCUCUCACAGGACGACGCAGUUGCUGAUGUCAUAGAUACAGAGAAAGUAAAGGAAGUUGAAGAUGCACAAUUAGUCGAAGAUAGUGAAGAAUCAGAGGAACAAAGCUCAGAUAGCCAAGUUUCUAAGCGUUGUGGCGAGCAAGAUGUGGGGUCUAAAAACAACGACGAGAAAGGAACGCGCGACAAGGAUAAUGACGUGAAAAAUGAUAUGACCAUAUUCAAAUUCAAGCGAGAAGCUGACAACAUGCAGGGCUCUAAUAAUCCCAAGCGACGUGUUAAGCGUAUUGACGUUAAUAAUCCAGACCGAGAAUUCAGCGAUGUUAAGGAAGUUGACCUUGGUGGCCUAAUGGAUUUUAUGAUGGUAAGAAAACUUAAACCCAAGAGGGAAGCCAAAGAAAAGGAAGACGUCGGUGCUGCUAAUGGAAAAAGAGCUCAAAGAACAAGUGACGGAGAGAAAAUGGUUGAGCUUUCAAAACAGAAGGUGCUACGUAGACGUCGACGAGAUGUGGCCAUGGCCAACCCUGAAGUAUUUAAUGAUGAUAGCCCAAAUGCACUAGAUGGCACCGAGAGAACACGACAGUCAUUGAACGAAGAGGGUGAGCUUCGAAUGAGACGAGAGGCUGAUAAUGGAGAAGACAGUAAGGAGAAAAAAGAGAAAGAAAAAUCGAAAGAAAACUACGAGGCUAAGGCGAGCAAACCAAUUGAUGAUGAGAAGGAUAACGAAAAGAAGCUAACUGUAAGUGAGGAAAAGACCGCGAACACCGUUGAGCAUGCGAUGGACAAACGGUAUGCCCACGCUGUGGACACCAUCGAUGAUAAUAGCGGCGAUGCCAGGAAACUCUUAAAUGCAGCAUCGAUGAUGGGCCAUGCGCGCAAUUCCAUGCAACUUGGCGACUCAGGCGAUCGAGCCUUGAGCCAAAGCCAUGAAGCGCUAGAUGAUGCGGCUGUUAUAGCGGCGGAUCGUGAGGCAAUGAAUGCAGCCAGAUCUGCAUACUCAAAAAAUGCUGGCAGAGCUGUCAACUACAUCGACGGCCGUGAUGAUAAAUAUGGCGAAUUGAUUGAGCGGCUGAGAAGAUUGCCUUUCCAAAAUCGUGGUCAUGAGCAGGAGCGAGAAACGGACUUAGAAAAAACUGUUAGUGAAUUCGGCAAUCAGAAAUUCGACAAUCUUAAACAGUCUGACCAAUAUGCGCGUAAUUUGGAUGGUGUCCCGAUAGACAAUCUCUGGUAUGGGCACGAUCCUUGGGACGAUGAUCCCGAUAGCAGUAAUGCACAGGCCAAAAAUGAUGAAGAUGAAAAAAAUGAAAGAAAGAAGAAUCGGCCCAAUCAACAACAUACAGCUUUGACUAUAAAUAUUGAGGAUGGUGUCAUCAAAAGCGUGGAAAGGAAGGAAAGCCCGAGUAGAGAGAUUGGUGUGGUGAAUGAGAGGAUGGGCAAUGGUGAAGACGAAGAUUAUGGUGCUGGCGAAGAUCCUUCCCUUGGUUGGUUUAGCAAGGGUAAAGGUAAAGAAUCCAAGGAUGGGAAAUGCAAGGAUGAGGACGACGGCAUGGUAUUGAAACUGGAUGAUCAACUACUCAACUGUACGGCAUUUAGUACUUUAGAGAGCUUCCUAAAGUCAGUACAAAAGAAUAAAGAUGGCGAUGGUAAAGGUGGUUCCGGUGGCAACUCAAAAAACAGAACAGAAACGAACAGCGGCAGAGGAGAGGAUAACAGCUCCAACAAAGAAGGAGGAGCUGGGGGACAUUUCAAUGAUAAGAAAACUAGUAAUAACUGUGCAGGAGACGAUGGACGUAGUGGGCAGACAGGGAGUGGAGGUGGUGUGCAUGGAACUGGAAGUGGAGGGAAUGGUGAGAAUGGUAGCCAAGGCAAAAGUGGGCAAGGAGGUGUCGGAGAAGAUCGAAACAAUUCGCAAAGAAAACCUAUUGGCAAUGAAGGUAAUGCUGAGGGCCGCCACGGCGAUACAAGAAAGGGCGGAAGUAAUGAUGGUGCCAAAACCGGCGUUGGAAAGGAAACCGAUGUUACUAUGCGACCAUUAGGUUCGGACCAUGAAAGUAGGAAGGCCAUGAAACUGAAUAUCACAAUCAAUGCGAGCGUUAUGGGCGACCAAAAGGCAAAAAACUUUUUCGGCAAUGGCACAUUCAAAGUGCAAAGUGAAGAUCGUGAACGUCGCGGCGUUGCCUUUCCCGAAUUCGAUCAACUACAGCGAUAUACACGAAGGCGUAAAUGUCCCAAAGUCAAGCCGACCUGUGACGAGAGCACUGUGAAUGGCAAGGGAGCACUGCAAAUAGUCAAGUCUAUGUUCAACAUGGCGAAAUGUAAUCCACAAAUGAAAUCCCUCUGGUCCGUUUUGAAACGUAACCAACAAUGUAUGAAGAAAAUUCCACCGCCGGACAACAGUUUUGAGAAAAUGCAAAAGGACGACGUAAAUCACAUAGAGGAUAUGGUGGCACAGGCCAUGGAAGCGAUCAGCAUCAUAAUCGAUGAUCAAGUGCAACAACGCUCGUGCAUACCGUUGCCCCCGGAACUGAAAAUAUUCUACGACCAAAUUCUAGAGAUCUACGACAGCAAUUCGGCAGAGGGAGUUCGGGAGAAACGCGACAGCAUCGAUGCUCCUUUCAAUGAUUUCAGCAAAGAGGUGCGUUUGAUUGAUCCAAAUCGCAUUGAGGAGCGAGCGAGUGUUGUUAAGAAAUUGCUGCGGCAAUACGAGGAUCUACCUUUUGAAGACCAGCAGCAAAUGGUGGGUUUGCGAGAUGAUCUAAUGCAGGAUCUCGACUUUCUGGAACGUGUCAGAGAAGAACAGAUGCAGAAGAGAAAGCGUGAGCCCAAGAUACAGCAAACGCAACAAGAUCAUCAGCCACAGCAAGGUCAACACCAACAACAGGUACAGCGAGAGCAACAGCCGUCUAAGGAACAGGUACAUCAGCCGGAGGUGCCACAGCUGGGUAAAGAAGGUAGAGAUGAAACCGUAGUUGAUAAAGAACCAGACACGGACAACGAUGAGCAAGCGCGGCGGCGGCGUGAAGUGUUACAGCAACUAGAAGCGGAAAAGGAGGACGAUGAGGCGCUGAUAAAAGCCUACGAUUUGCCUUUUACGCCCGAAUACUUGCGCCUAGUGAAAGCGUCAGAGCUAAUGCAAGAGCAUGAAAUCAGAAAAGACGAACGAAAUGAAGAGAAUUAAAUAGAAUUAAAUGGGAAUGAGUCCACUCCUUAAGGUGUUAAAAAUAAGUGUGUGUUGUUGCUGCAUAUAUAAUAAAUAAUGUGUGUCAAGUUAAAAAAUUUAUUUUAUAAAUAUUAUAUUUUU